GAUUGGCGCUUGUAUGGGAACGAGCGGCAUUUUUCCGUGCGAGUUGCAAAUGCCAUUGCCCGCAACACGGCUGUCCUUGUACGUUUGCUCCUCAAGUGGCGCCCGACCGUCUAUGUGGUCCUCGAAAACCCUCUUUCAACGUGGCUCUAUAAAUUGCCAUGCUUCAAGGAACUUCUGAAAGAGGCCUCUUUCUUCUUUGUCUUGACCUACAUGGGGCUGUGGGGCAUGGACAUUUUGAAAGGGACCCGUUUGGCAAGCAAUCUUCCGACGCUGGCAAGUUUGGAGCGGAGGGCAACCAAGAAGGUGAAAGCCAAGUUCCAGGCCAGGGUUGCUCGAAAGAAGGCAAGGGCAGCUAGAGCAGGCAAAUCUGAGAAAUGCUUUUACACCACAGGUCAGAAUGAAAAUGGCCAGAGAAUCUUUACUCAUGGGCCUGAUUUGGCAGCAACUGCCGAAUACCCACAACGCUUUUGCACUGCGCUUUACACGGCUUGGGCACGAGCUUUGGAGGUAAAGCCAUUUGUGUAG